AUGGACCAGUCGUCCAACGCCUCCCUCGACGCCCCCUUGGAUCCUUAUGAAACUGCCCCUCAGGAGCUGAAAGACCUCUACAAGUCAUGGACCGGUGUAUUUUCGUCCGCUCGUCUUCGAGAUACCGCCAACACGGCUUCACUUAUUACGCCUACUUCUGCCAGCAUGCCAAACACUGGUAUGGGCGAUGUAUUUGCGGAAUUCGUAGUAAAGAAUCUGUACAAUCGAUGCCCUGCCCUCGAUAACGUCCCAGAGGGUCCUGGGAUGGGGUUAUCAGGUGAAGGCUCGAAGGAAAUUCCGGGCUUGGACUCCUUAGGGCACCACAGAUCUUCGAGCAAUUCGCCUGCACAAACUGAUACCUUUUUCCGCGAGACCGGACGAGACACAAAGCUUAAGGACCAACAGGAGUCAAUUCUGAAGUUUCUAGAAGAUAGACCUGUGGGAGCUUACAGCUUCAAAAAUAUACCUGGUGGGUGCUUUCUUUUCUGUGGUUGCACAGUCUGUAUCUGCGGCCCUUUGUCUGACAGACCCCCAGGCCUGAUUAUUUUGCCUCAACUUUUUCCUCCUAUUGUUCAACAAGUUCUGCUAGAAUGCUUGCUACAUCGCGAGCUCGCAAUCCCAGAAAACAAAACCAAUAUCCACCUUCAUUACAAUGUAUCCUAUCCCGAGAGGAAGGCGUCCUUCUUCUCCACUGAACCCGAGUUUUAUUCGUUUAACCCAAAGGACCCAGGCGAACACAAGAGAUUCACCAACAGAGUUGCUCUUGAGAAGAGUCUCCGCUGGAUUACUCUUGGGGGCCAAUACGAUUGGACGAAGAAAGCCUACCCGUCUGAGAUUCCCCCUCAAUUUCCUGAAGACAUCGCGCGUCUCAUCGGAGCGCUCUUCUCGGACGUGGAGCCCGAAGCUGCGAUUGUCAAUAUAUAUUCCGCAAAAGACAAAUUGAGCCUCCAUCGCGAUGUCAGCGAGGAAACCAAUCGGGGACUGGUUAGCAUUAGCCUAGGAUGCUCCUGCAUUUUUAUCAUCGGCCUUAAAGACAAAAAAACAGAGGAGAUUCAUUAUCAGGUUCUACGCUUAAACUCUGGGGAUGUGCUCUACAUGUCUGGGCAAUCUCGAUAUGCUUGGCAUGGCGUUCCCAAGAUCCUUCCGGGAACUUGUCCGGAAUACCUCGAAUGCUGGCCUGGCAAAGCGUAUCCUGGAUGGGAUGGGUGGAUGAGUAGAAAGAGGAUCAAUCUCAACAUACGCCAAAUGUAUGAAUCUGUUGGAUCUGGUUGUCAUUGA